AACGGUUACCUCAUUUGAAGAUGACGGCCUCUGUAUAACGCUCGGGCGCACACGCUUUUAAUGAUUCGUGACUUCUCCUCCCUCGCGGAGAGCAGAGUAAAGGAGUCGGUCCUUUCUGAACCUUUCUCCGAGAAGAGGGAGGUGUUGAAUUCGCUCGGGAAGCGAGGGCGGAACGGUAGUUUACAGAAAGUGGUUGCUACUGCACCGCAACAGAGCUGAGGUCUAACCGCUACUAGACGUCACAAUGGAGAUUCAUCCGAGGAAUUCCCUCACUACGGAAACGGAAGCAUCUGGAGCGUGUUAGUUACAACGGGAGAUGAAGAUGUAUGGCGCGAGCGCUCAUGAUUUAACGAUGUAAAUAGUCUAUGGGGGAGUCUGUCUGUGGGGCGGACACGUUUAAUGUCUGGAGAAGAGAGAGACAACCUUGUUCCGCGCUGACGGCUUCGUUGAAACCCCUCUAUCUAACCUGGGCAGUAACGCAUGACCGAAAGACAGACAGACAGACAGACAGAGAGAGCAUUGGUUCAGUCUUCCACGCUAGCUGGAGGAAGCACAGAGAGGAGGCAUCUAUCUACGUCUAUCCAAGUUGCUCAGCAGCUCCGUGAAGCACAAUGCCCUCGUAGGAGCUGUGUAGGAGACUCGGGAAAAGGGCGUUGAAUAAAGUACUUCUCCACUCCCCAGUCCCUUCACCCCUCGCCAGACAUGACGGGUCAGAGCCUGGAGGAGCUGACAGCAGCCUAUGAGGAUCACACCGUGCGCAUCAAUGUGGGAGGGUUCAAGAAGAGGCUGUUCUCCAACACUCUGUCUCGCUUCCCGGAGACCCGUCUGGCUCGGCUGUUACAGUGCCAAUCAAAAGAGUCCAUACUAGAACUCUGCGACGACUACGAUGACACGGAAAAUGAGUUUUAUUUCGAUAGGAACCCGGCUCUCUUCCCUUACGUGUUGAAUUUCUACAACACCGGGAAGCUCCACGUCAUGGCAGAGUUGUGCAUCUUCUCCUUCAGCCAGGAGAUCGAGUACUGGGGCAUCAAUGAAUUCUUCAUCGACUCGUGUUGCAGCGGCGCCUACCACUGCCGGAAGAUGGAUCCCAACCGCGGAGAGGACUGGGACGACUGCCGGAGCGACGAGGGCAGCACCACGUCAUCGUUCGACGAGAUUCUAGAGUUCUAUAACGACGCCACUAAGUUCGAUAAGCAGCCGUUGGGGAGCGUCCGGAGGCGGAUCUGGUUGAUCCUGGAUAACCCGGGGUACUCCGUCGCCAGCCGAGUCAUCAGUAUCCUCUCUAUCCUGGUCGUGUUGGGUUCCAUAACCACCAUGUGCAUGAACAGUAUGGCUGAGUUCACCCUGGUGGACAGGGAGGGGACGCCUCACGAGGACCCCAGGUUUGAAACGGUGGAACACUUUGGUAUCGGCUGGUUCACCUUGGAGCUGGUGGCCCGGUUCACAGUCGCCCCAGAUCUUAUCCAUUUCUUCAAGCAUCCGUUGAACAUAAUAGACCUCGUGUCGAUAUUACCGUUCUACCUGACGCUCGUCAUCGACCUGGUGGCCGAGAGCAGCCCGGCGCUGGCCAAUCUGGGGCGCGUGGCACAGGUGCUACGGCUGAUGAGAAUCUUCCGUAUCCUGAAGCUGGCGCGUCACUCCACGGGGCUGCGCUCUCUGGGCGCCACGUUGAGAAACAGCUACAAGGAGGUGGGGUUGCUACUACUCUACCUGGCGGUGGGCGUGUCUUUCUUCUCUGUCAUGGCCUACACCGUGGAGAAGGACAGCGAGGACUUCUCUACCGUCCCAGCAUGCUGGUGGUGGGCCACGGUGAGCAUGACCACGGUGGGGUACGGAGACGUGGUCCCGGUGUCUAUAGCCGGCAAGAUGACGGCCUCGGCCUGUAUCCUGGCAGGCAUCCUGGUGGUUGUGCUUCCCAUCACACUCAUAUUCAACAAGUUCUCCCUCUUCUACAAGAAACAGAAACAGCUAGAGAUCGCUAUGCGCAGCUGUGACUUCGACCAGGAGAUCAAAGAAAACCUUCCCUCUGUCAAUCUGAGGAACUACUAUGCACACAAGGUGAAAUCUCUCAUGGCCAGUCUGUCCAAUAUCAACCGGAGCUUGCCCAGUGAACACAGUCUGAACGAGAUGUCAAUACAUUAAGAUCUGUGGAUCAGCAGACUGCCCCUCCCCCCGCUGGACUUAUAAGGAAGGACGUGACCGAAGGAGAAGAGAAACAUGGUGCAAGAGGUAGUGUUGUUUCUGUGUAGCCCUUGUUGUUGAAUAGAGCUACGUGGGAAGCUGAAGUUUAGUUUGACUGACAGGCGAGGGCGUGGGCGGGCCAACCAACAUCACAACCUUUCUAUUGGGAGAAUCUCAUCGAAUCCUCUCUCUCUCUCCUUUACAUUCUUCUCAAAUUCUAUUGGAUGAGAAGGCCAGAGGUCCUUCCCCUCUGACCUUUCUAAUCCAAUGGGUUUUUUGAGAAGGCUUUUCGAGGAGAGAGGACACAAGGAAUCAAAGAAAAACAAUGGAGAUUCUCCCAAUGAUUCCUCUUCCACCAUUUUCAUUCACCUCAAGUGUUUUAACAGUGUGGUUCAUCAUCAGACAGAAGAGGAGCCGAUAGUCUGACAACAUAAUCUACUGCUGUGGUGUGUUGGGGUCUAUUCAUUACGACGGCCAUUAACAAGUCUUCAAUAAAGGAGACAGUGAAGGACAAGUCACAACCCUAGGACAUGGGGUUCAUCACUAGGGGUCAACCCUAGGACAUGGGGCUUCAUCACUAGGGGUCAACCAUAGGACAUGGGGUUCAUCACUAGGG